AUCCAGUGCUAAUAUGUCCACAACAGUUGAGACUUCUCCAAUUGCUCAUGAAAUUUCCUCUAAUAAUCAAGUCUAUAUUGAAAAGGAAGUAAUUCUUCCCACACUUAAAUAUGCAGCAGGACUCGGAGCUUUUGGGCUCGUAAUAUCAACAGUGCAAAAUGCAAUUAGUGAACACAAACAUGGGGCUGCUGGUGUUUUUACUAGAACCGGAGGGACUAUCACUGGAUACGGUAGGCUAAUUCGACAUUCUCGAAAUGCUAUAGCUUUAAUAGGUGGUGUUUUUUCGGGAACAGAAGCUAUAAUUGCAAACAUUCGUAAAACUGACGAUUGGAUUAAUAGCGCGUGUGCUGGGUGUGCUGCCGGUUUUAUGGCGGGAGUUAGAGCCCAUUCCUAUCCUCUCGCAUUUGGAGCCUGUGCCGGAGUUGGAGCGAUGUUUAGUAUAUAUGAAUGGACAGGUAGAAACAAAGGGCUUUUUCAUAAGAGCCCGGAUGAAAGGAAAGAAUGGACAAGAAGAUUAUAUCCAAAUAAAAGUACUGAAGAGUAA